AAGCAGCAGUAUGAACAGCUGGAUGAGUCUCUGCAGAUGGCCCACAAUGCACUGCAGUCAUGUGACCAUCAGCUGACCCAGCUGAGGGCGGAGUCAAAGGCGGUGCUCGGUCAGCUGAUCAGCUGGCAGCGGAUCAGAGACGAGCUGCAGGUGUACGUCUCUGACGUACAGGAAGUCAUGCAGAUCAACUUGCUGUCCUUCAACCAAUCAGAGCUGUGUCUGGAGCUCAGGCCACGCCCCUCUCCAGACCAGUCGUCCAAUGAGCCGGAGCCACUGAAGCUGUCAGUCACCUGGAGCCACGACGACCGCUUCACACUGCAGGUGACGGAGGGCCCUGCUGGUCUGGUGGAGGACGGUCUGUCAUGUCGGCGGUCUGAGCUAAGUGCCGCCCUGCUGGAGGUGAUACAGUGUUACCUGGGUCAGUUCCAGCUGCUGUCUGAGAUCCAGAGACUGAGAUCCAGCUUUGCUAUCGACUGGCGUCCUGCUCAGCGUGUGCUGGUCUACCUGAAGUCUGCUCUGCUGGUGGUUCACCUGGAGGUGGAGGACGGAUACCCAACCGCAGGACGAGCACGACUGCUAUCUGUACACAGAGACGGACGACCUGUGGACACAUCUGGACUGAAGCCUCUCAGAUCUGAUCUCUGUCUCACUGACUGGUUGGUGUUCCUCAGCAGCAGCUCUCUGAUCUGACAGACUCUUCAUCACGUCUUUCCUGCUCUUCUUCUGAACUUCCUGUAUUUCUACAAAAUAAAGGUUUUACUCCAACAGA